AUGGAAGAUACAGCUGCAAAAAUUAUCGGACCACAUGAUAGUCUGCUGACAGACCCGAGAAUUGCACAAGAUUUCAGUGCUGAAACGGAUGAACUGAUAGCAGAGGCUGAGAAUCACUUCAAGACUGGAAACCCCGAGCUAGCCAUAGAACGAUUGAUAGCGCUAGAAAAGAAAUGCAGACAAUCUUACGAUGGAAACUCAACAAGCAAAAUUUGUUGUUUUAUUCUGAACAAAUACAAGGUGGCGAAUAAUUACAAAAAAAUAAAUGAAUAUCUAAUUUUUUUUAACAAGAAAAGAGGACAAUUGAAAAAAACAAUCAUUGACAUGAUAAAUUUGUGUAAGUCUUGGAUUCACGAGGUUCAGAAUAAGGAAGAUAAGCUCAAUUUAAUUAAUACACUUUGUACAAUUAGCGAAGGAAAAAUAUUUGUAGAAGUAGAACGAUCAGAAAUUGUAAGAGUACUUUCUCAGAUCAAAGAAGAAGAAGGAAAUAUAGAAGAAGCAGCUAACAUACUACAAGAAGUUCAAGUAGAAACAUUUAUAUCGAUGAAUAAAAGAGACAAGACUGAGUACAUACUUGAACAAAUGAGAUUGGUUCUGUUGAAAAAGGACUAUAUCAGAUGUCAUGUUAUAAGCCGGAAAAUUAACCCUACUUUGUUAAAUUCAGAAGAGUUUGCAGAUUUGAAAUUGAAAUAUUUUAUGUACAUGAUAGAAUAUCAUAUUAAUGAAGAAGCAUAUGAUGAGGUUGCAAAAUGUUAUGAAGAACGAUUCAAUACAGAAUCCGUUUUGACAGAUGCAAAUUUAUGGAUUGAAGAAUUAAAAUGCUAUAUUAUAUUCCUAGCCCUAUCCCCAUAUGACGAACAACAAACCAAAUUCUCAAAUUUAAUAAAAAUUCAAAAAAAAAAAUUAAAAGAAAUUCCUAUAUUUCAAAAUAUAGUUCAAGAUUUUAUCAAUCAGGAUUUAAUUGAAUGGCCUUUACCAUACCAAGAUGAGUUACUUCAGUUUUACAUUUUUAAUGAUUCCAAAUUUGUAGGAGGCAAAAACAGAUGGGAUCUUUUUAAAAAAAAAGUUAUGCAUCACAACAUUCAUGUCAUAUCGAACUGUUAUAGCAAAAUAUCACUCACUCGAUUAAGCCAAUUGCUUAAUGCCUCUUUAGAGGAUUCUGAAAAUCUUCUCUCAGAGUUGGUUUCAAACAAAAUGUUGAAUGCAAAAAUUGACAGAUUACAUGGAAUCAUCAAAUUUUCUUUGAAAAAAAAUCCAGAAAUUUUACUUAACACAUGGUCUUCUCAGAUUAAUCAAAUUUUAGAUCUUCUCGAGGAGUCUUCGCACCUCAUACAGAAGGAGAGGAUGCUCCACGAGGCCAAGAUAAAGAGGUUGCAACUGGAAAACAAAAACAUGUCUCUCUAA